GGCGACUUUGUUUUCCUGAAUCGACUUUCCAGAUAGGUCAAGAAACUCAUCAUUUUUGUCUGAUUAUUGUCUUUUUAUUUACUAGUUCAACUGUUGCGAAUUAGCCUUCUGGAGUAGGUGUAACAGUGACGACAUAAAUUCUGACAUAAAUUGCUUGGUUUUUUUUAGAGCGGCAUCGUCUGGAUCACUAUACUGGGCUACCAAAAGGAAUAAUUCACGUUUCUUCAGCUGCUUUUUCGUCCAAAUGUCUACCGAUUAUACGGAUCCCUAUUACACUGUUCAGGAUGAGGUUAUAAAAAACCUUGAGUCAGCGCGCACACUUUACCAAGACUGGUUGAAUGCAGGUUUGCCUAAAAACCUGCAGGAACUUUCCGAUAACUUGCGGCAACUUCUUCGAAGUAUUGAGUGGGAUUUGGAGGAUAUUCAGGAAACUGUGAGCAUAGUGGAAGGCAAUCCAUCGCGUUUCCAGCUAUCUGAAAAGGAUGUUGCUGCAAGACGUCAAUUUUUGCGCGAAACUCGUGACAUAGUUAACUCCGUUAAAUCUCAGUUACAAGAUGCUGGAAAACGCGAAGCCAAUGGUUCUUCUAUUUCGUUUAAAGUUACAAUUGCCCGGCCAUUAACUAACGGCUCAGGUCCAAAUAGAGACCCUGUCAGUCAACCUCUCCGGACAACGGACACCCGACCAAUCGCAUUUCCUGUUCCUAGUGACCCUCUCACAGAACAGAAACAUUUACUACGUCAACAGGAUGAAAGAAUCGAUCAGAUCGGAGCGAGCAUUUCCACUUUGAAGGGCAUGUCUCGUCGAAUAGGGGACGAGCUCGAAGAUCAGGUUGCCCUGUUGGAUGACUUUUCCAAUGAAAUGACCCAUACAGAAACAAAACUAGAUGCGGUCACGAAGCGCACCGCGCGCCUGUUGCAUUUGAGCACUAGUCGAAGACAAUGGUGGGCUAUCGGUUGUCUUUCCGUCACUCUGUUUGUCAUCCUUAUUUUACUGGUUGUAUUGUGAUAAUACUGUCUUUGCCAACGUCGAUUGAUGACUGCACUAGACGCAUGAAUAUCUAUCUGCUCGCUUUUAUUUAGGUGAUGCAUUGUCUACAGGCCUCCCUAACUAAUGUCGUCUCCACUGUCUUUCGAAUCUGUGAUUGUCCAUCGUUUCUGCGCCUGUUGCAGAAGUUAUGUUUACUCACAUUACUAUGACCAUGUUUUUG